AUGUCUGCUAGUGUGGACCAUUCAAGGGGUCGCUCAAAGGUCCAUCCAAGGUCAAGGCUAGGCUGCAGAACUUGCAAAAUUCGACGGGUCAAGUGCGGAGAGGAAAAGCCUAGCUGUGUUCGAUGUACUAGUACAGGUCGCAAGUGCGACUUUGAAGACGCACAGCCCCCUUCCACAAUCUCGGUCAUCGCCAACCCUUUAUCAUUGUCGCCAAAUACCAACACGGUGUGGCGAGAACGACGUGCAUUUGCCUACUAUUUUGAAUCUGCUGCCUCCUCCAUUGGCGGUGGAUUGGAUGUUGAUUUUUGGCGCACUGUCGUUCCACAGGUCUGCCGUUAUGAACCUGCUGUGUGGGAUGCAAUCAUCACUAUUAGUGCGCUAUUUGAGUAUGCCAAAAAAAGCCCGAAUCCCGUGCUACAAGGCCGUGAUAGCCAGAUUUCUCUUACUCAAAAUCAUCAAGAUGCUCUGGGCUGGUACUCACGCUCAGUAUCUGCUGUUCGUCAGCGCAUCGAGCAGGGUAGCGUAGACGUUUUUGUCGGACUGAUCAGUUGUGUGCUAUUCAUUUGCAUUGAGGCCAUCCAGGGAAAUGCAGAUGGGGCAUUGCAGCUUUAUCGUCAAGGUGUGCAGCUCAUUAUUGCUUUGCGUCCCCAAAUAGCAUCUGGGGCUGCGAGUCAAGCUUCCAUGUUGGAGGAUACGAUUAUCCCGAUCUUCGUCCGUCUAGGAACAUUCGCUCUCGCUAUUGGUGGGGCUCCGGUGACCGCUUUACUAAAUGACACUGAGCAUGCCUUGACGAAACAGUUCGACUCACUCAAGUCUGCUAGGGAGGCGAUCGUGCUCUUAGCUAUAGAGAUUCCGCUCUUUGAAACCAGUUGCACCAAGCACUUACUCCAGGCUGGUGCGUCUCAUGUGCCUGAAGAAUUCAAUCUUAAACUAUUCAGUCUGGCUACUAGACUGAAAAACUGGCAUACUUCUUUUGAGAAGCUGAUGACUUCUCUUCGCACUAAAGACCUUUUAUCACUGCAACAGAUUGGUACUAGUGCCCUUCUGUUGAGUUAUCAUGAAAUGCUAUACAUUAUGCUCGAGACCUGCACAUCCUUGUCAUUGAUGCAAUUUGAUGCUUAUUUACCAAACUUCCAAAAUAUCGUCGAACAAUGUGGCAAUGCGCCCAAAGCCUCGGAGCGAUCAGACGGCACACAGCCGCCAUUUACAUUUGAAGUCAAUGUUGGACUUCCGCUUUGGUUCACCAGUCUCCGAUGCCGUGAGCCGCGUACCCGACGUGCGGCACUGGCUCUACUCUACCAAGCGCCCUCAGUGCAAGGAUUUUACCAGUGCUCGAUCUGGGCAACCGUCGGUCGAACGAUAAUGGAACUAGAAGAAUCACGGGCAAUGGAAAUCAAUGGGGUUCAUCAUACACCCAUUUUUGGUGCACUGGAGUCAACAAAUGGACCGAUUUCCGGCUCCGAACUUGCGACAACCUCAUCUUAUGCGGUUUCAGAGCCCAGAAUACCAGCAGCACUGUUCAUUCCAGAGGAGGUGCGCAUUGGACCCAUUGCUGCUUUCCGGCCAAUGGAUGGGUUUCCUCCUGGAACUACAGAGGCAGAUAUCGCUAAAUGGAACCGGGGCCCUGAUCAACUCUUUCUCCGGUUUUCCCGCAAUGAGCGAGGUCUGGCUGACGAUUCUUGUCGGAUAGUGUACGAAUAUAUUCCCCUUGACUUUUAA